AUGAGGAAAGCAAAGCUGCGGAAGGAGAAAAGGGACCUCCGGCAAGAGCUGGAAAUCAAGAUGGAGGUGGCCAAGAAAGGAGGGCUACGGGACGACCCUCCAAGUUUGCAGGCUGAGUUGGGCUUAGGAGCUGGGUCCCAGCCCUCUCUCGCCCCCCAAGCUGGAGGGAUAGGGGGAUUCUUGGAAAUGCCCCACCACCAAGAGGACCAAAGCCUGCAUAAUCUGUGGGAAACGCAGUUCCAGGAGUUCCUGAAGGACACCGUUUUCGAGAAGCAGCUGCUGGAUGAUCUAACUCCAUGGGAGGAUCCUCGGGCCUUCCUGGCCUCCUUCGAGAAAGUUGCCGUGGCUUGCCGCUGGCCGAGAAAAGAGUGGGUGACGCGGCUGCUGCCAGCUCUCAGCGAGGAGGCCGAGAAGGCUUUCAUUGCCCUCUCCGCCGAGGAUCGGGAAGACUACUGGAAGGUGAAGUCAGCCGUCCUGCACCGUGAGGCCAUCUUCAGAGAGAAGCAACGACAAAAGUUCCGCCGGUUUUGCUUUCAAGACGCCGAGGGACCACAGCAAGUCCUCGCCCGGCUCCAGGAGCUCUUCUGCCAGUGGCUGCGGGUCGAGAGGAGCAGCAAAGAGCAGAUUCUGGAGCUCCUGCUUCUAGAACAGUUCCUGAACAUCCUGCCGCGGGAAAUGCAAAACUGGGUCAAGGAACGUACUCCGGACACCUGCCUGGAAGCUGUCGGUCUGGCCGAGGAGUUUCUGAGACGGCUCCAAACAGCUGAAAGGAGUGGAGAACAGGGGCCAGUAGAAGCAGAGACUCAGCCAGAGAUGGCAUCAACGCAGAGACCAGACAGGACAGACAGGCAGCAGCAGCAGCAGCAAAUCCUGCCACUACCACCACAACUUUAUCCCAGUUGCAAACAGACCAGCAAGAAGAAAGAACUGCAAUGCGGACAUUUUGGAGAUGUGAAGCUCCGAGCGGUAUUUCCUGGCAGAGCCAAUUCUUGCCAUUGGAAGCAAAGAAGAGACGUCGUCGUCCAGCCGCGCCGUCGUUCCGAGAGGCUGCGGAAGAGCCACCCACCCAUCCAGGUGGAAAUGCUCUCUUCAACGCCCCGCAGAGUGAAACCGAAGCUGAAAGAACGGCCACCUCCUGCUUCAAAGACCCCCAAGGACCAAACCCAACACUGCGAGGAUUGUGGCAAGGAUUUCAACGGAAUGGCGAGUUUCCUCCGGCACCGUAUACGGCACACGGGAGAGAAACGCUACGAGUGCUGUUUUUGCGGGAGAGGGUUCUGCUGGUGGUCAGACCUGGUCCGCCACGAACGCCAGCAUACCGGGAAGAAGCCGCACGAGUGCUCCUACUGCGGGGAAGGCUUCGAUCGCAAGUGGCUAUGCGUCCAGCAUCAACAGACCCACCUGCAAAACAAGAUGAAUCUCUGA